AUGUCAUUUAACAUAACCUAUAAUUUGAUCUGGUUGGUUCCUGAAAUCCUGAUUACGUGCUUUGAAAAGCAAGAAUUUUAUUAAUAUUGACAUAAAAGAGUAUUUAAAAAGUACUGAAUCUCAAUAAUUAAUGAUUGGCACCCUAUAAACAAGAUGUUUCGUAAUCGGCUUUUGCAAAUCGCGCAACUAAGUGCUGUUGGACUGACCGGAUUUUAUAUCGGACAAAAUAAAGACAAAUUCAGUAAUUAUAAUAAUGAGGAUUCUAUUGUUAUUGAUGGGAAACGGUUAAGGAGUAUGCCUGGGCUUCCUGUGUUUGGUACGGUGUCGGCUGCUACUCCAUAUACAGAUUCAGGAAGCAGUAAAGAUCGGGUAUCACAAAUAAUGAAGUUUGGCUUCCCUAGUCUGGACAACAUCAGAUCGUAUGAUGACUUCAUAUUAUCAUAUGAUCGCCGCAAUAGAGUGCCAAAUUGGGUGUUUGAACACAUUACUGCAGAACACAUAGCUAAGAACGAUCAGGUUGAUAGAAGUAAAUGUGAAUUCAGACCUGAUGAGAGUAUACAUCCAUUUUUCAGAUCACAGAACUCAGAUUACAAAGGGUCCGGGUUCGACCGCGGGCACAUGGCGGCGGCCGGCAACCACAGACUAUCACAGAAACAUGUCGACCAAACAUUCUUCCUCACUAACAUGGCACCACAGGUAGGAGAAGGCUUCAACAGACACGCGUGGAAUACCUUAGAGAAACAUGUGCGCAAACUGACCAAAGUCUACAGCAAUGUGUACUGCUGCACGGGCCCACUGUAUCUACCUAGGAGAGAAUCGGAUGGUAAAUCGUAUAUUCGUUAUCAAGUGAUUGGCGCGAACACAGUGGCUGUGCCUACCCACUUCUAUAAGGUGGUCGUAGGGGAGGCGAAGGAUGGCACCUUAGACAUGGAAGCGUAUGUCAUGCCCAACCAGAAGAUACCUGAUGAAACACCUGUGUCUGCUUUCAUGGUACCACCGGAGUCAAUCGAGAAAGCCGCAGGACUCUUGUUCUUUGACAAGAUUCACAGAAGUAAACUCAAUAAAAUAAAUGGCAAAAAGGUAUAAACUAUACCUCUGUUAGUAAAUAUUAGUUCCUAUAUUUUUAUAUCACAUAACCCGUGGGCGUCCACUGCUGGACUAUGGGCCUUCACAAAAGAGCGUUAUGCCAUAAUCUCCAUGAUUGGCAGGCGGAUUGGAGAUCGCAGUUUAAAAGAACCAGGUUUAUUAGAGAUUGCUGGACCCUGAUGUGUGUUAAAAUGAAAUAUGUAAUCCCUUAGUCGGCUGUUAUCAUACCCACUGGAAGAAGGGGGUGAGAAAUGUAUUAUACUCUCCUGUGCUACAAGGUGGAUAUUUUUAUAUUAAUUUUAAAUGAAUUUUAGAUCUAUUGUAUUGAAAGUAGUUUGUGUAAAUAAGUUUUAGUCUUAAUCUUAUAUUGUUGUGUAAAUAAAUUUUAUUAUAAUUGUUUUAA